ACUCUACCGGCGAACCAAAUGGUACCGGUAUUCCAACAGCUGAAGCAAGAAGUGCUCCACUUACAACCACUCAGGCUCCGGAAGCAAGUCCAGAUAAUGCAGAGGAUUUACUUCUUAAAGUGGUGGUUCCAAGGCAUCGGGCCCCAGCUGAUCUCUACGUACGGUCUUGCACAUAAGACCAACAACGUCUGCGAAAGUCUCCAUAAGAAAAUGUCUUUGAAGCUGGCAAAGGCGUCGACAAUCUGGAGAUUCCUCUCAGAUCUGAGGAUGUUCGUCAUCGAGCCAGCAAAUAUCGAUAUCCUACAGUUGGACAACAACAUCAGGAUCCGGAGGAACAUCAAAUUAUCGAACCAGGUAGUGGCCAGAACUGUGAAGAAUCAGGAGGAGCGACUGGCCAAUGGGGAAAUCACCCCCAUUCAACACCUCCAUUUUAUGGCCCACAGAGUGCCCACUCCGGUUCCUCCGAAUGACCCAGAUCAGGAUGAGGCCGAUGCAGAGCUGGCAGCAGAAAUGGCCGCCGAUGGCUACGCCGAUGAUGAGGAUGGCGACGACGAAGUCUUUGACGAACACGGAGAUGAUGACGCAUUCCUGGCAGCCGCAGGGCCACAGGCAGAUGGACAACAGCAACCGGGUCACGCCGCCGCAGGUCCCGCCGCCGCAGGUCCAGCAGCAGAACCGUGUUGCAUUUGCAUGGCGAGCCCCAAGGACACAAUACUGCUGCCGUGCGGGCAUGUCUGCGUGUGUUCAACAUGUGCAGCCCUUCUCGAAGCCCAAGGACUUGACGAUGAACCCGAGAGCGUCUAUUUGUGCCCCGUAUGUAGGACACGGGUUACUUCGCGACAUCGGCUGUUCUACGCCUGAAAAAAUUGACUGGAAAUGGCUUUCUAUUUCCUAUUAUUUUUACAUCUACUUUCAUUUUUCAUGUAUUUUUCUUAUAAAUUGACUAAAUAAACAGAUUGUACCUUUGA